GCCGCUCUGGCUCAAGGUGGGGAAAAGCCCUCCUCGGUGCCAUCUUAUCACUCUGCUACUGGUUAGAACACACUAGGGCUAAGGAUGAGGCUACUUAGUGUACAUCAAAGAUGAAGGGCAUGAUCGUGAGUGUGCUGCUGGUGGCGGCGGUGGCGGUGAGCGAGGCGCGGAGUGGAACACACUUCCGCUACGUGACGGAGGGCGAGUGUCCCACCAUCACCAACAAGCAGGACUUCGACCCCGUCCCCUACCUGGGCAAGUGGUAUGAGAUCGAGCGCUUCAACAUCAUCUUCCAGAAGGGCAUGGACUGUGUGCAGGCUAUCUACUCAGACCUUGGUGAUGGCGUGGUGGAGGUGCACAACGUGGCCCGCAAGGCUGAUGGUAACUUCACUGACAUCGUGGGCACGGCGGUUGUGCUGGAGCCCGGCGUGCUCUAUGUCACGUUUUCAGGAUACAUCCCUGCUGAGUACCACGUGCUGGACACCGAUUACGAAUCUUUCUCCGCUGUGUACAACUGCCUCCAGCUUGGCCCUGAGCGCUUCGAGUACGCCUGGAUCCUCUCCCGUUCCCAAACCCUUGAGCAGGAGACUUACGACCACGCCCGCCAGGUGUUCGCAAACAACGGCAUCGACAUCACUGCGUUCCACUCCACUUACCAGGGCGAUGACUGCCCCUACCUGCGCUAGACACUGACUGCCAUUAAAAGAUCUCCGUGUCUUCCAAACGUGACGAUUUUUUGUAUAGCCCUUCCUUGAUUGGUUUGCUUUUUUUCCGUUUGUAGAAAUCAAGUAACCCAGUAAUCGCUAAGUGACACAUCGUCAAAGCUUUAAGUCUGUAAUGUUAUUUUAUUUCUCAAUUUAAAACCAAGUCCUGUGCAAAAAACAGGCUUAGUGUUUCUAUGGUAUUGGUGCUUCUCUUGUGCUAUUUUACCUACAAAUAAUGAUGAAUAAAAGGUGGAUUAUUGAUUUUU